GAGGCGAUAAAAGGCGGCGGGGGCGGCGGGGGGCUGUGCGGGGCUGCCGCGCCGCUGCCCGUAUGAGGCCGCAGGAGCCGCCGCAGGGCGGCCCCGCUGCCGCGCUGGAGACGCUGAAGCAGCGGGCGUGCGAGAGCGUGGAGCUGAACGCGGCGCGGCUGGGCGCGCUGAGCCGCGAUAUUUGGAGCCGGCCCGAGCUGGCCUACGAGGAGCACCAGGCGCACGACGCCAUGACCCGCUUCUUCUCCAGCGCGGAGCUGCCGGGCGCCGCCUGGGCCGUGCAGCCGCGCUACAAGCUGGGCACGGCCUUCCGCGCCGAGUGGGGCACGGCCGCCCCGCGGGGCCCGAGCCCGCGCCCGCUCCGCCUCGCCUUCCUCUGCGAGUACGACGCUCUGCCCGGCAUCGGCCACGCCUGCGGGCACAACCUCAUCGCCGAGGUGGGCGCCGGCGCCGCGCUGGGGCUGAAGGCCGCCCUGGAGAGCCUGCCGCCGCCGGCGCCCGCCGCCGUCCAGGUCACGGUGCUGGGGACGCCCGCGGAGGAGCAAGGAGGAGGCAAAAUAGACCUGAUAAAGGCUGGAGCGUUUGAUGGCCUGGAUGUGGUGUUCAUGGCGCACCCCUCGCAAGAAAACGCGGCUUACCUGCCCGAUGUGGCCGAGCACGAUGUGACUGUGAAAUACUAUGGAAAAGCUUCUCAUGCUGCUGCUUAUCCUUGGGAAGGAGUUAAUGCAUUAGAUGCUGCUGUUCUUGCAUACAACAAUCUGUCUGUUUUAAGACAGCAAAUGAAACCGACCUGGAGAGUUCAUGGUGUAAUAAAAAAUGGUGGUGUGAAACCUAACAUCAUUCCAUCUUACACUGAACUAGAGUUCUACUUGCGUGCUCCUUCAAUGAAAGAUCUUUCUGUGCUGACAGAGAAGGUUGAGAACUGCUUCAGAUCUGCAGCACUGGCCACAGGAUGCAAAGUGGAAAUAAAAGGUGGUGUAAAUGAUUACUACAAUGUGCUUCCAAAUAAGAGCCUGCAGAAAGUUUACAAGGAGAAUGGACAGAAGCUUGGAAUAGAAUUUGUAGCAGAAGACUGUAUCUUGAAUGGUUUGUCAGGUAAUUCUAUGCUUCUAAUUUUAGUUCAUGAGUUUUCCAGAUUAGUUUUCCAAAGGGGUGCCAUUCAAGUAGGUGUUCACUUCUGUCUUGACUGUGUCUCAAACUGUGGCACUUUCUUGGUCUCUCAACACUAUAGUAAUAGGAAUGUGAAUUCUUGAAUAUUCAGGUGAGUUUCUCAUUACCCCUAACAGUUUUUUCCGGUAUCUUUCCUACAGGAGCUCUGUUCGUCAUAACUCCAGCUGAUACUUUAUAGCCUUCACUACUGAUCUUAACUACAUAUAAAUGUUUUCAUUGCACUCACGUUAAAGGUUUUUCUCUUUGGUUAGAAGGAAAAGAUUGUUCUCAGCAAAAAAGUUGUUGUUCUGAUUAGUUUGAUUGUGAUACUAAUCUUCUGUAUCUUACAUGCAGAUUAUCUUUGGAAAGUUGAGUUCCUGGUGUUUAGGGACACACUUCUCCACUUUCUUUUUUUGGGUGGGGGAGACGGCAUAUCUGGUAGUAUUCUGGUUGUUUCUCUCUGUUUCUUACUCUUUUCCAAAUUAGGGCAACAGUAGUAUAUUAGUUUCAACUGGUUCGUUAUCUUGGGUUUGACACCAAAUUAUAACUAAAGGCAGAUUUCUCUUUUUCUUUGGGGUGAAACAAGUAAGAUUUACUGCUUUGUUCAUUUUGCCUAAGAAAGGGGCUGAGGAGCUUAAAAUGACUACUGUAGUGAAACUUCCUGGAGGUCUGCUUGUUGCUUCCUUCAAACCGUUGUGUUAAGAGUGAAGAACAUGAAUGCUGGUGAUCUUACCGGUUCAGAGGACUUCAAAUGAACUUAGUACAGCCACCUAGUUGUAAUAGUGCUUUCACAUGAAAGUUACAUGAUAUGCUAAAUGUUGACCAUUAACUUACUUAAACUGAAACUCCCCAUAUGCCUGUCCUGUCCUUAAAUUGUUUGUCAAAUGUCAAAAUGUGCUUGAGCAAUUGUGGUUUUCUCUCACACACUGCAGUAGGCUUUACCACAUUUUCUUUCCACAGCUUCUCUGAAUUAUUGCAGUGGGGAUUCAGCAGUGAUAACAAAGCACAGUCUCCAGAGACUUAGGAGUGGACUUUUGUAUGCUACCCUGGUUUUUUGGGGGGGUUGAGUGUUUUGUCUCAUCUUUUCCAAGACCUCUAUUUCUGUUUAGUUUUCAUAUGGUUUUCAAUGUUUUCUUUUAGGAUAUCAGUUUCUUCUGUUGAAAGGGAAGGAAGAUAGCUCAGUUGCUUCUCCAUGUCUGUGCAGCAGAGAAGUCGUUAACAGAUGAGCAUACUCGCUGCCACCUCUACAUGGGUAUUAGUAUCGGUCUGCUUACAG